AGAGAUCACAUCCGGUGUAACGUUAGAUGUGUUUUCUUGUUUUGCCUCUGUUGCCUCUCGCUUCUACUUUCAACAGUCUAGACCAGUUUAACGCUCUUUCCAGCCGUCAUGUCUCGGGGGUCGAGUGCAGGGUUUGACCGCCAUAUCACCAUCUUCUCGCCGGAGGGAAGACUUUACCAAGUCGAAUAUGCCUUCAAAGCCAUCAACCAGGGAGGGCUGACGUCCGUAGCGAUCAGAGGGAAGGACUGUGUUGUGGUUGUCACACAAAAGAAAGUUCCGGACAAGCUGUUGGACUCCUUGACAGUUACUCAUCUGUUCAAAAUUACAGAGAACAUUGGCUGUGUUAUGACUGGAAUGACAGCUGAUAGCAGGUCUCAGGUGCAGAGGGCGCGGUAUGAAGCAGCUAACUGGAUGUAUAAGUAUGGCUAUGAGAUCCCUGUAGACAUGUUGUGCAAACGCAUGGCGGACCUUUCCCAAGUCUACACACAGAACGCUGAGAUGAGGCCGCUAGGCUGCUGUAUGAUCCUGGUCGGGAUGGAUGAAGAGUUGGGUCCUCAGCUGUACAAGUGCGAUCCGGCAGGCUACUACUGUGGCUUUAAGGCCACAGCAGCUGGAGUCAAACAGACUGAGGCCACAAGCUUUCUGGAGAAGAAAGUCAAGAAGAAACUGGAUUGGACCUAUCAGCAGACCAUAGAGACGGCUAUCUCAUGUCUGGCAAGCGUUCUGUCCAUCGACUUCAAGCCUUCGGAGCUGGAGGUGGGAGUAAUUACUACAAAAGAAUCCAAAUUCAAGAUUCUGUCGGAGGCUGAGAUUGAUGUCCACCUGGUGGCUUUGUCUGAGAGAGAGUGAGGGAAGCUCUGAAGAGGAUGAACAGAAACACCAGAACCCUCCCCUCCCCUCAGCAACCCCCCCCUCCCCCCCGCUCUCGUCCCAGAGAGAUUAUCAAGGAGAUGUUCUUGUUCAGAACUGUCCGUACCACACAGCGAGGUUGAAACACAUGAAACAAUCUGUUCCUUAUUACCAGGUUGGGUAGAAUAUGUUUCCCACCUGCACUUGUCCCUCCUCCACUCUUACUGGUCAUGAGCCAGGACCUGACUGGAUCCAAUAAUAUCAACCCCCCCUUUUCUAGCCGUACUGCGGGCAGCUUCCAAUUUAGACUUUCACAUCAGUCCCCAUCGGAUGGAGCUCAGACCUCUUCCACCCGAGGACUUUGUUGUCCUGUGGCUUCUCCAGGCUCUGACAACAGAGCUUCCAAUCGUAUUUACUCAGGGCCGCCCCGAUGUGUGUGCGUCUCCCCCGUUUCAUCACCGGGCUUUUAAGUCUCAUUUACUUGGGGGAACAGCUGUGGGAAUCCUCCCAUCAGACAGUCACCAUUGUCCCGCCCUUGUUUAGGUCCAUGUUAACAGGAAGUCAUCCUCUCCCCUGUGUCUCGACCCUCCCUUCUGCUGUACAUGACUGCACUUCUAUUAAACACAAUGUUUUUAUCAAACA